AUGAAACACAAAGAAGAGAGUCCUUCAUCACCAGCACUUUCUGAUGAUUCCUAUGAAAUACAAGUGAGAAGAAUAGAGGAGCCAGAAGCAACAUUGGAAGAGGAAAAUAUUGCCAUACUAAAGGACAUCAAGUCUCCAAUUAAGGCCGUUUUGUUUGGUAUUGAUGGAAUGAUUAGAAAUAUUAAUGAACUCAAUUAUAAAGUAUGGAGUGAAAUUUUGAUGGAAUAUGGCUAUGAGCUAUCUUAUCAGGACUAUUUGCAAUGGUUCUUGUUUGAACAUGAAGCUAAUGUGUUAUUCUUCCUAUUGCCAUACUCCACCAUUGAUGAUCACAUUGAAAUAUCAAAGAAAAAACAAAUGGCAUUCAUCAACCAUAUUAACCAUUCGGACUUUGUACUAUCUCUUGGAGCAUUGAGAGGUAUUGAAAAAUUCCUUGAAACAAUCAAGAAGAAAAACGAACAUAAGGGAGAAGAGGAUCAUGAAAUUAUGUUGGGAGUUGUUUCAGAUCUUUCAAACAAGGAGACAAAGAGUUUACUGACAAAACUAAAGUUGAUGGACUAUUUCGAUGUAAUUCUCUCAAGUUAUGGAUUGAAAAAACCAAAACCAGAUCCAUCAAUAUACCAAGUUGCUUUAGAACAAUUGAAAAUUGAACCAAAUGAAGUUGUUGUAUUUGAAGGAACUACUCAAGGUUGUCUUUCAGCAGUCAGAGCUCUCAAAAAUGGAAAUAUUAUUGGCGUAAAAAGUUCAGACCUUAGUGAAGAGAUUGAUCUAAAAGAAAUGAAUGAUAAUGGGGUUCAAACUAUUAUUGAAAAUUUUGAAGGUUUAGAAUUUUCUCAUGUUGAAAUGAUGUUAAAUUAA